AUGGCGCCGACAUCUAUAGCUGCGGACAGGCUGCAGUCGGGACACCGGCUGUCGCAUCCUCCGCCCGGAGACGAGGUCCUCAUCACGGGAAUAUCGGGAUACUUUCCCGACUCGGACUCUGUCAAAGACCUGCAGGAAAACCUUUUCAAUAAGGUGGAUUUAAUUACCAACGAUGCUCGUCGUUGGAAGCUGGUUCACCCUGAGAUCCCACAGCGUACCGGCAAGAUCAACACCCUCAAUAAGUUUGAUGCGUCCUUCUUCGGUGUCCACUAUAAACAGGCCCAUACAAUGGACCCUAUGUGCAGAAUCCUGCUGGAGAAGGCUUAUGAAGCAGUUAUUGAUGCUGGUGUGAACCCUACAACAUUGCGUGGCACAAAGACCGGUGUGUUUAUUGGAGCUUGCUUCUCAGAAUCAGAAAAUCAGUGGUUCUACAAGAAGAUGCAGGUCAACGAUUUCGGAAUUACAGGAUGUUCCCGAGCCAUGUUGGCCAAACGUAUCUCCUACUGGUUGGGAGUGACUGGUCCCUCAUACACCAUAGACACUGCCUGCUCAAGUUCCCUUUACGCUCUGGUGCAUGCAUAAAGAGCUAUUCGAGAUGGUCACUGUGAUGCUGCUAUCGUCGGAGGAAGCAACUUGUGUCUUCAUCCUUAUGUGUCAUUACAAUUCAGCAGAAUGGGCGUAUUGUCGUUUGAUGGUACUUGUAGGACUUUUGACAAUAGUGCUAAUGGUUAUGCUCGAUCGGAAGCCAUCGUCGCUGUCUAUUUACAGAAGGCUAAAGAUUCCAGAAGGGUUUACGCUCAGUUCGUUCAUGGAAAUACCAACUGCGAUGGUUUCAAGGAGCAGGGUAUCUCUUACCCUGCUGGUUAUAUUCAGAAACUGCUUCUCAAAGAAUUUUACGAGGAGUGCUCGAUUCCUCCGUGUAUCUUGGAGUAUGUGGAGGCUCAUGGCACAGGUACCAAAGUUGGAGAUCCUGAGGAGUUGCAGGCCAUUGAUGAUAUCUUGUGCACCGGGCGCAAAAAUCCGCUACUUAUCGGCUCCAUUAAGUCCAAUUUGGGGCAUAGUGAGGCUGCCUCCGGUCUUUGCUCUAUUGCUAAGAUGUGCAUCGCUUACAACACUGGAUACAUUCCACCGAAUAUGCAUUAUAAUGUCCCUCGUGAAGGAGUAACAGCCUUGGCUGAGAAGAGGCUGGCAGUAGUCACCGACAAGACUCCUUGGGGCAGGGGCAUGUCAGGAAUCAACAGUUUCGGAUUUGGAGGAGCCAACGCUCAUGCUUUAUUGAAAGACUUCGCGAAAGUAAAGGUGAAUAAUGGUAUUCCAUCAGACGACUUGCCCCGUCUCGCCUGCGUGUCAGGUCGUACGGAGUCAGCAGUAGCCAGGAUUCUGGAUGACUUGGAGUCCAGGACAGUGGAUGCUGAGGUGAUUCGAUUACUUCACGCUAUUCAUGAUGACGACAUUGAAGGACAUAGCUUUAGAGGAUAUACUCUCUUGGGCUCAACUCCCACAAAGAGUAUGACUCUAGCGCGUGAGAUCCAGUACUUCUCAGGAGUGCGUCGUCCAGUGUGGUUCGUGUACUCGGGUAUGGGCUCCCAGUGGGCCAGUAUAGCCAAGCAGCUCAUGAGGAUCCCCAUCUUUGCUACUGCUAUUGAGAAGUGCCACAAAGCUUUAGAACCUAAAGGCAUCAACCUAACGAAGAUGAUCACUGAGAAUGACCCUACGAUCUACGACAACAUCCUCAACUCCUUCAUUGGUAUUGCCGCUGUACAGAUCGGUCUCACUGAUGUCUUGAAGACUGUUGGUAUUGAACCUGAUUACAUAAUUGGGGAUGGCAUCGGUGAACUCGGUUGUGCGUACGCUGACAACUGUUUGACCGCGGAGGAAAUGAUCUUGUCUGCACACCGCAGGGGCCUGGCUUCAACUGAGAUAUCAUUUGUUAUGGAACCUAUGUUUGAAUUUGAUACUAAAUCACGCUCCGGAAAGUGGGUAUCGUCAACCUCAUCACUUCGAGAGCAAUCAAAAGACACUAAUGAUGCUGAACUGCCUCCCACAGACCUACACACCCAUAUCCUCGAGAGUCCCGCGUUGUUAGAGAAGACAGCUCGUCUGAUCCACGCUAAUGCAAUCACCAUCGAGAUCGCCCCCCAUGAUCUGUUGCAAGCUAUUCUGCGCAGAUUUCUGAAGAAGGACGUUAUCAACCUUGCUUUGACACAGAAGGACCACCCGGACAAUGUCCAAUGUCUGUUCACUGCUAUUGGAAAAUUAUACGACUUAGGUCGGAAUCCACAUCUGGCCAACAUCUACCCACACGUACCAUUCCCCGUGUCACAAGGUACGCCUAUGCUUGCUCAUCUCGUUGAGUGGGAGCACAAUGAGAACUGGUACGUUACGAAAUUUGAUGAAUUAGAGAAAAUAAAGAUCGGUGAGAGGACAGUCAAAGUAUCUAUUGACGAUGAGGAAUAUAACUUUUUGGCUGGUCAUGUCAUUGAUGGUCGUAACUUAUACCCUGCCACCAGUCUGUUGGUGCUAGUCUGGGAAACCCUUGCUAUGAUGAUAGGAGAGGUUUAUACCAACGUGUCAGUGGUCUUCAAAAAUCUACGCUUCCAGAGAGCAACUAACAUUCCCAAGGAGGGAAACCUGGAGUUUAUCAUCACUAUCCAAAAGGAGAGUGGUAACUUCGAGAUUUCGGAAAGCAGUGUUUCCAUCGUAACUGGUCAGGUUUAUGCCAAGAAAAACGUCGGCCAGAACUUCAGGGUAAUCCCACAUUUGCCAGAAGCCAGUGGUCCUUGCAUUAAGCACUUGUUGACCAAGGACUUCUACAAAGAACUGCGUCUCAGAGGAUACCAAUUCAGUGGUCUGUUCCGUGGAGUUAUCGGAUGCAACGUCGAAGCCACACGUGGUCGUCUCUCUUGGGUCAACAACUGGGUCACCUUCAUGGAUUGCAUGCUGCAGAUGAUGCUUUUUAGCCAAGAUUCCAGGAGUCUUUAUAUACCCACUAGGAUUGAGAGACUCUCCAUCGAUACUACUAUGCACUGUGAUGCCAUUGCUAAAAUGAAUCUUGAUAGUGACAAUAAAUCUUUCGAGGUUCGCGUGUAUCCAGAUGUCAGCGUUAUAAGGGCUGGUGGUAUCGAAAUUCGAGGCCCUCGCGCCACUCUUAUUACUAAAAGGCAACCUCUAGGUAUACCUAUUCUUGAGAAGAACGAAUUCAUCCCUAACUUUGGACAAUACAAGAUGAAGAUCAAGGAUAUCCUCCGUGCGAACAUUCAGCUAGUUCUUGAGAACAUUCACAGCUAUAAAGUCAAAAGUAUUGAGUUAUAUGACGAAGAAUAUAAAAGGAACAAUCUGAAGCCCUUGUUAGAAAAUAUCGGUGAUAUACUUGGAGAUUUUCCCUUAGUCCAGGCUGAGCUGUUACUUAUUUCUGAAGAGCCCGUUGAUAUGCCUUCCAACAUCACCGUCGAGAAAAAGAAACUGAGACGAGAGAGUAACACUUUAUUAUUUAUUGGAGCUAAUCUCCUUGGUAGGCCUGAGCUUUUACAACAAGCAAUCGGCACCCUCCGUGAAAAGGCCUUCGUCAUCAGUCGCGAAAACGAACGCCCCAACCCUAAGGAUUACUCCGACCAAUACGACAUUGUUACCAUUCAAGACACAGGCUUCGAAUACAUUGUACUGUUGAGAAAACGUGUAGAAGCCAGACCAGCCAAGUUCGUCAGGAUCUUAGCUUCUGAUGAUACUUUCGCAUGGAUCGACAAAGUCAAGGAGGAAAUCAAAGAAGGCCAGAAAGUGGUCCUAUACACACAAGAUGAACAUAUCAACGGUCUCUUAGGAUUAGUGAACUGUUUGAGGAAGGAGCCUGGCGGUGAGAUUGUGUAUGGUCUUCUUAUUGCUGACCCAUCAGCUCCUCCAUUUAACCCUGAUUUGAAAUUCUAUGAAGACCAGCUAAAUAAAGAUUUAGCUCUUAAUGUGUUUAAAGAUGGCCAAUGGGGUACCUACCGUCAUCUUCUCUUGGACGAUUUGGAGACAAUUCGUGCCAACCAUGCAUAUAUCAAUAUCCUUACCAUCGGAGAUCUUUCUUCACUGAAAUGGAUAGAAGGUAACAUCGACGCCAACCAUGUGUUCCGGGAUAAGGAAACGCUACUAGUCCAUGUAUAUUGUGCAGCGUUAAACUUCCGUGAUGUCAUGACAGCCAUUGGUCGUGUCACGGUGGAUACUGUCGAUCGUGGUCGUCUUGCGCAAGAGUGUGUGCAGGGUUUAGAAAUUGUCGGAAAAACCGCCAACGGUACCCGUGUUAUGGGUAUGGUUUGCAACCGUGGUAUUACUAACUUGGCUGAGGGACAAAAAGACAUACUGUGGCCUGUUCCUGAUGAGUGGACCUUCGAAGAAGCCGCUACUGUCCCUGUUGCCUACGGAACUGUCUAUUAUGCUAUGAUCAUGUUUGGGCAACUGCGACGUGGCGAGUCCGUCCUCAUUCAUGCAGGUUCUGGAGGAGUAGGCCAGGCCGCCAUCAACGUGGCGCUCCACUACGGCUGCGAGGUUUUUACCACUGUUGGUACCGCGGAGAAGAGAGCAUUCAUCAAGAAGCUGUUUCCUCAGCUAAAAGACAGCCAUAUCGGUAACUCCCGUGACACUUCUUUCGAGGACAUGAUCAGUCGCGAAACGAACGGCAAGGGUGUCGAUAUGGUGCUCAACUCUUUGUCUGAUGAUAAACUACAGGCGUCAGUCCGUUGUCUUGCGUUCCGUGGUCGGUUUCUCGAAAUCGGCAAAUUCGACAUCACAAACAACACCUCCAUCGCCAUGUAUUUCCUCUCGAAGGAAAUUACCUUCCAUGGCAUCAUGUUGAACUACAUCUUCAAUCUGGAGCCUGUUAUCAAAAAGCGCUUCCAAGACCUUUUCCUACGUGGCAUCGAGAACGGUGCCAUCAAACCUUUAACUUACUGCUCCUUUAAGGCCAACGAAGUGGAAAAUGCCUACCGUUACAUGGCUGCUGGCAAACACAUCGGGAAGGUAAUUAUCAAGAUUCGUGAGGAAGAGCAGAGCAACGGUCAACUCAGACCCGUAGCAAUGCCCAUAGAUGCUAUACCUAGGUACAUUUGCCACAAGGACCUUGUAUAUGUAGUGAUCGGCGGACUCGGUGGCUUCGGUCUAGAGCUGGCUGACUGGCUCAUCAUGCGAGGCGGCAGAAAGAUCCUGCUGACGUCCCGCAGAGGUAUCACUAAUGGAUACCAGUCGUCGCGAUUGAGGGCCUGGGCAUCAUAUGGCGCAGAUAUCCAGAUUUCGACACAUGACGUCACCACUGAGCCUGGCUGCGAGGAAAUGCUCAAGAUGGCGCUCAGCAUGGGACCUGUGCAUGCUAUUUUCAACUUGGCUGUCAUCCUGAAGGACUCCAUCUUUCAGAACCAAACUUCUGAGACCUUCAAGACAUCGUUCGCGCCAAAGGCUCUUGCUACCAUGCAUUUGGAUAAACUAUCGAGGAAGCUGUGCCCAGACUUGAAGGAUUUUGUGGUCUUCUCGUCUGUAUCCUGUGGACGUGGUAAUGCUGGUCAAACCAACUACGGCUACUCCAACUCCGUGAUGGAGAGGAUCUGUGAAUGGAGGAAGAAGCUCGGCCUCCCAGCCCUUGCUGUGCAAUGGGGAGCUAUUGGUGAUGUUGGUCUGAUAGCUGACAUGCAGGAUGAUGACGUCCAACUUGAGAUCGGAGGAACUCUGCAGCAGAGGAUAUCUUCCUGUCUGACUGCUCUCGACAAGUUCAUGAAGCAGGAUGCUCCUAUCGUGUCUUCUAUUGUGGUGGCUGAGAAGAAGACUGGUUGCGAAGGAUGUGGCAAUGCAUUAGAUGCAGUCGCUCAGAUUAUGGGUAUAAAGAACUUAAAGACAGUAUCGCAGCAAGUCUCCCUGGCUGAUUUGGGUAUGGACAGUAUGAUGGCUUUGGAGAUCAAUCAAAUAUUGGAGAGAGAGUUCAAGAUUUUUCUCACGGCUCAAGAUAUUAGAACGUUGACAUUCGCCAGGCUACUAGAGCUAACAGCACUGCGCAAACCUAUAUCUUCAGCCUCAAACUCACGUCUCACUAAUGAUGAAGGAGCUGUUGGACUUCGUGUACUGAUAAGAAAUUUUGGUGAUGAGAAAACUGUCUCUAAGCCAAUUGUCUACAUGCCUUCCAUGGUUAGCCAUGGAGUCGAGGUACCGGAGCAUAUGAUAUUCAUGUUACCUGGGCUAGACAGUAAUGCAGCAAAACUGGAGCCACUCUGCAAGAGAUUGAAGGUUAAGGUCUGCGUGCUGCAGCUUGGAGUGGAGCACAAGAACGAGAACAUGCACCAGAUGGUCAACAGGUUGUACCAGAUAGUGAUUCGAAUGCUAAAACCUGGUUGUCCAUUCUGGCUCCUCGGAUACAGUUACGGUACUCUACUCGCCUUGGAAUUGGCUUCCAGACUGGAGAAGGAAGGUUACAAGGGAACAAUAUUCUGUUUAGACGGUGCUCCAGAAUUCGUCUACGCUCUCGUCACGAAGACUAUAAGUGUUCCAAGCGACUUCCAACUGCAAAACAGUUUGUUAUGUCACACAAUGAGGCUUGUCGCCCCCAAUUUUGACGCCACCAGAGAACUUAUGGAGAAACUUAACAACAUUGAAUCUUUUGAAGAAAGAAUUGCAUUAACAGUCAGGAUGUCUCCAUUACAGGACAAAUACUCCGAUAAAUUCUUGACAAAGCUUGCCCAAGUUUCCUUCGAUAGGCUGAAGACCAUCCUUGACUAUGACCCGAAAGCUUUCAAGAAGCUACAGUCCCCAAUCGUCCUUCUUCGUCCCAAAGAGAACCCGUCCUUCGUAGCUGUAGAAGAGAACUAUGGACUCGACAAGUACACAGAGAACAAUGUCACCGUACACUUCCUGGAGGGUAACCACGUCUCUAUCGUUGAGAACAAGGACUGUGCUAACAUCAUCAACAAAGUUUUGGAUGAGAUCGAACGAGAGGAGAGUUAAACAAUCGAUAAUGUAGUCACACUCGAGCAUGAAAACACUGUCAAACAUAAGUCCAAAUCCAUAUUGCAAAUAGUAAAAAACAGUCAUAGAAAUCCAUUUUUAGAAAUAGACCAUGUUCUUCGAAUAUUGUUACAAGUAUUAUCUAUGUAUGUUUUGUAACCACUUCAUUGAUGAGAUACAAACGCACUAACUAACAAUAAAACAGUUUCAAAAUUUACUUUUUUAAAGACACAGCAAAGACUUAUAUCACAAUAAUUAUGUUUAUGAUCUCAAGAUAACUAAUUUUAUGCACAUAAUUAAAUGAUACAAUUUCUGAUGACAAGGCCAAUUACUUUUAGCAACCUAUAAAUAAUGAUGAUA